ACUUCACGAAGCUGAUUGACAUGGUGGAAAUGUGUGCAAACAAGAAGCUCUUGACGUGUAGAGCGAGGAGGAGGGGACUCGUCUUGCCAUGGCGUGAUCUUGAGGGGGGGUUGGACGAUAUCCCAACACCGCGCAGAUCAGGCACUUUGCCGUCUGGAUCAUUGGCGGACGAGGAGAUCAGACGGCACGCGCGCAAGAUGCAGCGUGCCUCGACGGUCCACCACCUACCAUCGGUCGAGAGUAUGUUUGGUCGUACUGCAUCUCAUAUCGAGUUGUACGACGAGGAGAUCGAGUACAAGUCGCCCACCGACCCACAGGCCGCGGACGAGAUGGAGGCAGAGGCGUGGACAGACCCGGAGGACUUGGAGCAGGGAGGCAGUGAUGCACCUGACGAUGGUGAGGACGCCCGUGGGCGGCGUGGGGAGAGCAGUGAGCACUAUGUUGUGACCGUUGUGCAAUCGUCAAGCAAGGAUGACUCCGAUGACUCCGAUGAGGACAAAGGUGCCGCUCAUGAUGAGGACUCCGACGACGAUUAUCUGGUUCGAGGAGAGGACACCGAUCCUACGGAGCGGCAUGGUUUAGACGGCGGCGACUGUGCCGGGCCAACGGGCGGCGCUAGCCUUCUUACUCCUGCCCCAGGCGCAGCGGGCGGGCAUGUCAGCGGCGGGCAGGGAUGUGGUUUGGAUGUGCCGCAGGGAUCGAUUUUCUUUGGCAUAUUCAAGGAGGACUUCGACGUUGGUGGUCCACCCACUUCUGAGGCGAGGCAGGGUGGGGUGCGCACUCGGACACAGGUGAGCGAUGUUGCACACCACAUAGGGUUGGUCUUUGCUGGAGCGAGCUCGGGGAUGUUGGAAGAAGUUGUUGGAGCGACAGGCAAGAGAGACAAGGGAAGGUGUGGUGACGACGUUGACCACAGGCCGUUGUGGUCGGUUCGGGACAUUGCCAGGCGGCUAGAUAUGGACCUUGAGGAUGUGCUCGAGGAGGAGUGGCUGAGGCCGAUGGUCGCUGGGUGUGCCACGACACAGCGGCUUGCGUUGGCGCAGGACACGACCAGGGCGAGGGAGAUAGGGUGUACAAGAGAGGAGGUCACGGCAAGUCUGCAACCAGAUUCGCAGCAGAGUGUGCACAGGCCGCACGGUGGUCAUGCAAGAGCUGGGGAUGGCGGAGGAGUCGGCACGAGGUCAAUGGCGGGGUUGCUUGGGUGUCAUCGCACUAAGGAGAGGCGCGUGGAUAGAGUACUUGUCGAAGUUGUCAUGGUGGAGGAUGUGGUUGCAGAUAGCACUGAGGAGGUGGUUGCAGAUCACGCUGAGGAUGUGGUUGCAGAUCACACUGAAGAUGGUAAUGUCACGGUGGAUGAUGUGGUUGCAGAGCGAAAUGAGGAGGAGCGGCUAGUGGAUGGAGUAGUUGUCACCGCCCCUGUUGAGGCACCCAUGCCCUCCAUGUCCCCACUCGAGCUCCACAGUGUCGGGAUCGAUCCACUGAUGGGGAGUAGCAGGCAUAUAUCGGAGCGGAUCUAGGAGGCUAUGCCUCUAUGCCUCCAUCAGUGCCGGUCCCAUGAACGUGACCGGCACCGGUCACUUGAAUGUGACCGGCCGGUCACGGGGGCCAAAUUCUGUGAA